CCAAACUCAUCUGAGGAGGAGUGUUGGACUAGUGAGAAGAAUCAGACAGAAAUGGCGGACCAAAAGAAACAGAUGCGACUCCCAAACCUCCCCACGGAGGUCAUACGCGAGAUUCUUGGGUGGCUUCCAGUGAAAUCCCUAUGCCGAUUCAGGUGUGUAUCAAACACAUGGCUCUCUCUAAUCUCUGAAUCCCACUUCGUGAAUUCCCACUUCAACAAAGCCUUUGAGCAUGAACAUGUCUUCUACCAAAGACGAAGAGUCCUAAUUAGAGAUGCUUGGCUAUGCCGCCUUUUCAGUAUCAACCUUGAUGAGUGUCUCAAUCACACAAAUAUUGACGAUGUUGGUGAUGAUGUUUUAGUUGUACCCACUCAACUCAAGCGUCGUAGAUUUACUAAGUUCGUGUUUUCCUGCAAUGGGUUGUUGUUGUUGAAGUCGUAUUAUGUGUUUUAUUUGUUAAACCCUGCAACCAAGGAAACCAAGAUAGUACCAAACCCACCAGAGCUAUAUAUGUGGUCUAAUGAGCUGUAUGGGUUUGGAUUUGAUCUGUCCAGUCUAGAUUACAAGGUGGUUCAGGGCGAGUUCUUUGAAUUUGAUCUUGGGUUUAGUGUUUAUUCAUUGAAAACCGGGUCUUGGCGAGCGAUUGAGAAGCGAUAUCCCUAUGAAAGUUUACAGUCUGGUAUGCAGGGGAGACUGCUGAAUGGGAGUAUUCACUGGUUGGUUUGUAGAAACUACAAUGAUGUGCCAUCCAUGGUUCUCUUGUCUUUCGUUUUAGCAGACGAGGAAGUGCAAGAGAUUCCACUACCGCCUGAUUUCCUUGUUGAUUUCAACAUUGAAGAUGAAACGUAUUUUCUCGACGUGUUCCAGGAAUGCCUGUGUGUGGGAAAGAAUGAUGCUUUUGAGUUUUGGGUCAUGAAGGAAUACGGAGCGAUGAAAUCUUGGACUAAAAUAAGCAUCUCCUUCCCAUGUACUGAAGGGCUACAUUCUGGUUUCAUGAAGAAAAAUCAUCAUCUGUUGCUGGAUUUGCACCAACACCGUCUGGUCAUGUACAAUUUUGAUGAUGGAAGCUCUCGAAAUCUUUCAGUUGGGAAAAGUUCCAAUGUUGAUUUUGUUGGGUGCUACUUGGAGAGCCUUGUUUCUCCUAAUCACUACCAUAUGACUGUUGGAGAACAUUAAGCAAGAAGCAGAUAUUGAGAUGAUAGAAAAUAGUGUAUUUUCUCAUUACUACCUGUUAACAAGACCAUGGCCAAUUCUGGUUUUUCUAUGUUUAUUCAUCACUAUUCCUACUGUUGCAUAUCAUCACCAUUUCCAUGGUGGAUACUUCCGUGUACUUUCAUUUUCCAACUACCUACAUUCAGUGUUGCGGGCUAGUUACUCAACAAAGACAGGAUAGUGAACCUUCUUUUGGAUAGAGCACUUGGGCCCAGAAAUGUUUUGUCACAUCCUUCUCAAAGCUAAAAGAAAAUACAAAGACUGUACUCGGCCUGAUACCAAUGCAUUCUCUCCCUACUCCGCAGAACAUAGAUACCACUUAGAUUAGAUCAUUGGUUUUGAGUGCUUUUGUUUGUCACAUUGGCUCUGUUCAGAGAUUAUACUGGACAAGAGAAUCAAACUCUGUUCCUAUUAAUAUUUCGUCUCUUUCUUCUAUUGACUUAUAUGAAAUGCCUAUUGUGAUUGUGCAUAACUCUUGUGAUCGAUUAUGCCUGGCCUUGUGCACAUCUUUUUGUUUUAUUUUUCAAAAUGGAUUUCUCUUUCCUUGUGUCCAUCACAUUUAAAUGACUCCUUAUUUUUUGUUUACAAAUGAUUGCAUAUAUGACAAAGCUGAAAUUUUUUGAUGGAAAUGACCACU